AGUUAUAGUAUACAGUUCUUAAACUCUUACUGUUGGCUAUUCUCUAACAAUACAGUUCAUCAAUAUGACAGCACCACCAGUAACGUAUACCUUCGGCGAGAAUGCAAGUUCUAUCGUUUGGUCAACACCAAAUAUUAAAUCUACAGGAUAUUCUGCAGUAGACACGUUGCAAUUAGCAAACAGAGUUAUCUUAACCGUUCUGUUAGUUUUUAUUAUGUUAGCCGUAGGAUCUGUAGUUACUUUGAACGACUUCAAAGUGACAUUGAAAAGGCCUACAGGGAUAGCUAUCGGAUUCGUAUGCCAGUUUGGAAUCAUGCCACUUGUUGCAUUUUCUCUGGCACAUAUUCUCAAAGUUGAUGCAGCACAUGCUUUAGGAAUGCUGAUUAUUGGUUGCAGUCCAGGUGGUGUGACGUCACAGAUAUAUACUUUCUGGAGUAAAGGUGAUAUUUGCUUAAGUAUCUGCAUGACGACGGUAUCUACACUGUCAGCUAUGGGCAUGAUGCCUCUGUGUCUAUGGAUAUACGGCAGAAGCUGGACAGAUGAAUCCGUAGUCAUCCCCUAUACCAACAUCACCAUUUCUAUGGUUCUCAUCCUAGUUCCUGUUAUCAUUGGAAUGAUUAUCCGACACUACAAAGAAGAGUGGGCGAGACGCAUAACACUGGUGGGAAGCUUCACAGCUAUUCUUGCUCUCUCAAUCAGCAUGGUCCUCGGAGGUUUAUCUAACCCCAGUAUGUUCAAAGUACCAUGGACUGUGUGGUUUGCGGCCUCUGUAAUGUCACCAAUUGCGUUCCUCUUAGGCUACAUCAUUGCGUACCUGUUACGUCAGUCGCAAAAGAAAUGCCGGACUAUUGCUUUUGAAACCGGUUGCCAGAAUGCUGCACUAGCCUUGACCAUUAUUGCCAUCUCUUUCGCAGGUAGUGAAGAUUAUUUUGACCUAAUGGCAUUUCCAUCUUUGUUUGGUACAUUUUUGAUAAUUGAUUCAUGUGUCACUGUACUGAUAUUAAAAUUGAUCGGCCGAAAAAGAAAGGAGUCGGGAGUGACGGCGGAGAAUUCGUUGAGACAGACGUCGUCAGUUGGAAAAAUUCCGGUCAAAGAAUAACAAUUUACAAGGUCGUGGCUGGCACUCCUUCACUUCCUCUAUAUCCAAUAACAAAAAUUGUAGUGUAGACUGUUAGCUUCAAGUAUAGCAUAGUAAAAUAUUUUUAAUAAAGUAUAAUUAAGGAGUAUCUAAAAUUCCUCGAAUGGUUGGACAGUCACCUGAGUGUCUUAUAUCCAUGUUGUUUUCUAGAGAUUUUUUUUUUGCCGUGUAGUGCAACUCGAAAGCGCACUAAGACAAGAGAGGACCUUGCACGAGAACGAAGAUUAUUUUUAAUUUGAAUGAUAAUGGUACAGUAUUAUGUUGUAAAUAGGAUUAUCUGAGGUGGAUAUCUUGGGCAGUGAUAUGGUUGUAAUGGUUUUUGUAUCUUUUUAUGGCUUUUGAUUUAUUUUAAUCAUUUUAGUCUCUUUUUAAUCAUUUUGUAUGCUGCUGCAUUAUUUAAUAUUGUAUUAAAUUGUUUUUAAUAUAAUAGAUGUCAUUCUGAAAUGAAUCCAUACUAUUGUGUUUCACAUGGUUUUGUUCUCGUAUCCAUUCUCUUUCGUAUGUAAAUGACACGGCACUGUAAUCGCCAUUUAAACCAAACACUGUAAGAAUGACAUCAGUCAAAUUAGUUACUAUGUUUCAAGAAUGAACCAAAGAGCAUGCAGCAGUCGAAUGGAACCAGGGACCAAAGAUUUGAAGAUAUCCUCGGCACCCCAUAAUUGGAUGUAUAUGAUUAUUGUAAACAGUCACCAGUUUUAUCAAUUUUAAAUGAAAGUCGUAGAAUGGGGCGUCAAGGAAAAUUUAUUAUAAUGCUAUAGAGGAUAUUUCCAUGGUUAUGCAGUAGCUAAUCGCAAAAUAUAGCGGUUAAUUUACCGUAUUUAGAUAAAUGACUCAUAAUUAUAGCUAUGUAAAAUCCAAUUGAUUUUUGUUUUCGUUGUAUUAAACAUUGUUUCACAAAAAUUGCAAAAUUAGCUAAAACUAAUCAAUUUGUAUGUCGAGUUAUUGAAAUCAACUAAAAUCCAUUUCUUUGUAAAAUUUUCUUGAUAAUUUUCCUUUAACAUGUUUGCAGUAAUUAAAACAAAAAUAUGCAAAUAAUCUUUAAAAUGGCAUAAAGGUGUGAAUGGUUAGUCUGAAUUUAUAUAGCAUCACUUUACUGAAUUAGAUAACAAUAUUUUAAUUUACUUGCUUUGACUAGAUGGAUGUUUUGCUGUAAACAUAUUCUAAACUUAAAUUCAGCAUAAAAACAAAUGGUAUAAUAGGCUAACUAGCAUGUAGUACGGUAGCUUAGGACCAUAUUUUGACUGAAUGUGGUCGUUACAAAAGCACCAUUAUUUUUUUAUUUUUUUUUGUACAUGCUUCUUAAGGUCAUAACAUACAAUUUUUGGUAUUUUUGGUAGGAACCACUUUCUCCGAGGUCAUUAUGGCGGCCAUCUUGGAUUUCAAAAUAGCCGCCUUAUAAAACCUAUGUUUAUCUAUAUCUCCACUUCUAAACCACUUGGAAUUAUAAUUUAAAGGUCGAAAAAUAUGUUUAUAUGGUAAAGCAAUACUAUCAUACUAUUUUUUACCAAGUUAGAUUGUCACAAAUAGGUCAUUUAAGGUCAUCCAUGGUCAUUUCAGGUCAAAUGUUGUAUGGUAUCUUAAAAAUAACGUAACUGUCAUGUUUUAGAAUAGAAUCAUACCCAGGCUCUCAGAAUUCAUUUUUAACUAGGAAUGCAGUAUUUCAUAUGAUGUCAUUCUGGCGGCCAUCUUGGUUUUUAAAAUGGCUGAAAUGCAAAACCUCUAUUUAUCAAUAUAUCAGCUUUUAAACAACUUCAACUACUUAGAAUUCUGAUGUCUAAAAUUAUAUUUCCAUGGCCAAGAAUUUAUAUCAUUUGUGACAUAAUCAGAUGGUCAUUAAGGUAAUAAGUAGGUCAGUUAAGGUCAAUAAGUGUCAUUUUAUGUUAAAUACUGUAGGAUAUCUUAAUAAUUCGCUAGUGGUCGUGUUUUACAGCAAAAUCAUAUUUUAAGCUCGCAGAAUUCAAUUUCUGAUAGGAACUAUUUUAUCAGAGGACAUUAUGACCAUUUAAGGUCAUUUGAUUUCAUAUUAGUCAAGGUUAUUAGUAGCCAUAUUGAAUUUCAAGAUGACCACCAUGUAAAACACAUAUUUACAUUUUUCAUUCUUAUAAAUAUGUUUACUGUAUAUAGUCAAAUACCGUAAAACCUCAAAUUGAAGCCCUGGGCUUCUUCUUUUCUUUGCGAACUUUGGAUGGGCUUCUUCUUUUCUUUGCGAACUUUGGAUGGGCUUCUUUUCGUGAUGGGCUACUUUUCGGGAUUACUUUUGCAAAGUAAAGAGAUGGGGGGGGGGGCUUCCUUUCAAAAUGAAUGCUGUAAACUUUGUGAAUUUGUACUAUAAAACAAUAA